AUGUCGAAUCUUGGAUUGCAGAUACGCCAGGCAGCCCCCCAUGUGGAUCCGGUUGUGGCAGACUACGCAAAAGGGUACCUAGAGCAUUUAUCAACUGCGACUCAAGAUGCCGUUCAGAGCAAACAAUUGUCUUUGACAGACGAGGUGACCUUUUUAAAGAGUUUACUAGUGAGUGCUGGAGCUGAAGAGAGCAAGAUCAGUCCCCUAGCGGACGAAUUGUUGAAAAAGUUGAACUUGCAAUUGUCUGAAAAUCAAGCUAGAUUGGAAGUCACCGGUGACACGAGCAAAAGGUUAUUGGAUAUCAACGUUUUGAAGAGUCAUGACAACAAAGCAAAUAUCAAUACCUCGCUUGCAUUGCUAGGAGUAGGUGGUGACAUCGAGCAUCAAGGUCGGCAAAUUGAGACUAGAGUCGAUUUGAAAAAGCUUGAAAAAGCUGAAAAGAAAAUUGCCAAAAAAGUGGCCAAGAGAAACAACAAGUUUGUCAAGUAUGAGGCCUCGAAGCUCAUCAAUCAACAGAACAACGAGGAUUAUGAUUCGUUUUUUUUGAAGAUCAACCCUUUGGAUUUUGGUUCUGGCGCUGGUAAAUCUAAAGAUAUUAAAAUUGACACUUUCGAUCUGUAUGUCGGUGACGGGCAAAGAAUUUUGUCCGAUGCGCAAUUGACGUUGAGUUUCGGUCGCAGAUACGGUUUGGUUGGUCAAAACGGUAUCGGUAAAUCGACAUUGCUAAGGGCACUUUCGCGCAGAGAAUUGAACGUUCCACAACACAUUUCGAUUUUACACGUUGAACAAGAACUUCGCGGUGAUGAAACGAAGGCUUUGCAAAGUGUUUUAGAUGCAGACGUUUGGAGAAAACAGUUAUUGACCGAGGAGUCUCAAAUUAACAAUCGUGUCCAGGAAAUUGAAAAGCUGAGGUCAGAAUUCAAUGAAGAGAGUCUUGAGGUUAAAAAAUUGGAUAAUGAGCGUGAGGAUUUGGAGGGACAUUUGCAGCAGAUUUCAGAAAGGUUAGUGGACAUGGAAUCAGACAAGGCAGAAGCCCGUGCUGCUUCGAUUCUUUACGGUUUAGGUUUCAGUGCCGAAUCUCAACAGAGACCCACAAACUCGUUUUCAGGUGGUUGGAGAAUGCGCUUAUCAUUGGCGCGUGCUCUGUUCUGCCAGCCUGAUUUACUGCUUCUUGAUGAACCCACCAAUAACUUGGAUGUUCCAUCCAUCGCUUAUCUUUCUGAAUAUUUGAAAACAUACCCUUCCACACUCUUGGUGGUGUCGCACGAUCGUGCUUUUCUCAACGAAAUUGCCACGGACAUCAUCUAUCAGCACAAUGAGCGUCUGGACUAUUAUAGAGGUCAAAACUUCGACAGCUUCUAUGCCACGAAAGAAGAACGCCGCAAAAACGCACAACGUGAGUAUGAGAGUCAAGUCGCUUACAGAAAGCAUUUGCAGGAUUUCAUUGAUAAAUUCAGAUACAAUGCGGCUAAAUCACAAGAAGCUCAAUCGAGAAUCAAGAAACUUGAGAAAUUGCCAGUGCUUGAACCUCCAGAAGAGGAAAAGAACAUUACUUUCAAAUUUCCUGACUGUGAAAAGUUGUCUCCACCUAUUUUACAGUUGCAGGACGUAUCUUUUGGCUACGAUAAAAAUGAGUUGUUGCUGAAUGAUGUUAGUUUGGAUGUUCAAAUGGACUCUCGAAUAGCUUUGGUUGGUGCCAACGGUUGCGGUAAAACGACUUUGCUCAAGGUCUUGAUGGAAACUCUCGUACCCAUUAAAGGUUAUGUUUCCAAAAACCCAAGACUUCGUAUUGCCUAUUUUACUCAACACCACGUCGAUUCCAUGGAUCUCAACACAUCUGCGGUAGACUGGAUGUCUACUGCGUUUCCCGGUAGAACAGAUGAAGAAUAUAGACGUCAUUUGGGUGCAUUUGGUAUUACCGGUACUCUAGGUCUUCAGAAAAUGGCUCUUCUUUCUGGUGGUCAAAAGUCGAGAGUCGCAUUUGCUGCUUUGUGUUUAAACAACCCUCACAUUUUGAUUUUAGAUGAACCUUCGAAUCACUUGGAUACGGCUGGUAUCGAUGCUUUGAUCCGUGCUCUCAAGGGUUUCUCCGGUGGUGUGCUAAUGGUUUCUCACGAUAUCUCUGUGAUUAGCAAUGUGUGCAAUGAGAUAUGGGUGUCCGAGGAGGGUACCGUGAAAAGAUUCGAUGGUACCAUCUAUGACUAUAAGGACUAUAUUAUAUCAACGGCAACAAAAGCAGGGGUUGUGAAAAGGCAUUAG